AUGCAGGAGCUGCGGUGGGAGCAGGACCUCCAGGAGCUCAGCCUGAGCGCCAGGCUGCAGCAGGUGGGAGAGGAGAAGAAGUCCCUGAAGGAGCAGCUGGAGCAGGAGGAGGAGGCCAAGCACACCCUGGAGAAGCAGGUUGCCACCCUGCUCACCCAGUACCAGCAGCAUCGGGAGGAGUUGGCCUUUAUACUGGCUUCCAAGAGCUGUGAGACGCCGGAGAGUGAAGACAUUGUUCCUGCCAUUGAGUUUUUACUGGACCUACGGAACAUAGAGAAACUGCGGCGCCUGCUGAGUGCCGAAGCCUGGCAGAGAUUUGUGGCAGCAGCCAGUGUGCCCAGGGAGGAGGCAGAUACGCUGUAUGAAGAACUGAACCAGCUGAAAAGACUCAUGGCCACGGAGGACAAACAAAACCUGUCAGAUGAGCAGCGGCAUAGGGAGAUGUUUAUGAAGCAGUUUACUUGGCUGAAACAGGACCUCAAGUGGCGCAUAGCGCAUCUCCAUGCACUGGCUGACACUGUUGACAGAAUGCACAGGGGCUGUAUCAUCUCCCACGUGGUGGCCAGUUCCACCGGUGCUGUGUCUGGCACUCUAUUCAUCGUUGGCCUGUCCCUGGGACCCAUGACAGCCAGGGCCAGUCUGGUGCUUGCAGCAACCGGACUGGGAGCAAUGGCGACUGUGACCAGUGUGUCUGCCAGCGUCACAGAACGUGUAGGGAACACGUCAGCAAAAGCUGAAGCCUGUCGUCUGGUGUCUGAUGCCAUCGACUAUGAGGUGGCCAUGCAGGUUCUAAGUGAAAUCGUACCUGGAAUUGCUUCCUUAGCGAAGGGCAUCCUAUCCCUGUACAAGAUUGUGAAGAACGUCCGUGCCUCCAAUGUGGCCAAAGCUAAGCCUCUCAUAGAAGCGGAGGUCCGGUUUUUGGUGACCACAGUGAAGAUCUCAAUGCGAAGCAGCAGGGAACUACAGGCAGCUUUUGGGAUCAGUGCUCGAGAAGUGGCCAAAGGAGCCUGGAUCUUUGCUUUGGCCACUGCAGGUGUAUUCCUUCUGGAAGAUGCGAUCAGCCUUGUGAAGGAGACAAAACACUUGAAUGAAGGAUCAAAGUCAGACUCAGCUGCAGAGUUGAGGCAACAGGCCCAGGAGCUGGAGGGGAAGCUGGAGGAACUCAUCUGGAUUCAUGAGAUUCUGCAGGAGGCAGAGCUGGAGAACUACAAAAAGCAACUAUUCAGAAAGACGAAGGGUCUCCUGAGCUCCAAGUAUGAGAUGAAUGAGAGUGUCCAGAAUCUCGAAAAGUAUAAAAAAGCCCUGGAGGACCAGAGGGAAGAGAUGAAGACACAGCUUGAAAAGCUGGAGUCUGGGCUUCAGGCCACCAAAGAUGCCAGCCUGCAACUAGAGAUGAACUUGGACAUCAUGGUUCUCCGUGAUUAUGGAAAGUUGGGGCUUAUGGCCCAGAUGAAGGACUACAUGUGGGAGAUAGAGGAUACACGUGCUUCCCCCAAAGAGAUCCUGGCAAAGGCCAAGGAGAUCGAAAAGAAGAGGAAGAGCUUGGAGGCCAAGAUCAUUCAGCUGCAGGAGGAGAAAGGCAACCUUGAGAAGGCCAAGGAGACCCUGGAGCAUGAGAGAGGGGAGCUGGCUAAGGAGGUGAAGGUCCUGCUGCAGGAAAAAUGGGACUCAGAGCACAGGUGGCAGAAAUCAGAGGCCCAGCUGCAGGAGCUGCAGGUGAAGUUCAAGGAGGAAGAGCGAGUGCGCACACAGCUGCAGGCAGAGCUGGACAGAGUGACAGGCCUUCUGAGGCAGUCUGACAGCAAGUGUAGCCAGCUCACCAAGGACUUCUCCACUGUGAAGUCCCAGCUGCAGGAUACACAGGAGAUGCUGCAGCAGCAGGACCAGCAGAAGCAGGGCCUGUGCACCCAGCUGCAGCAGGUAGAAGAGAAGAGCUCUCUGAAGAAGCAGCUGGAGCAGGAGGAGGAGGCCAAGCACAACCUGGAGAAUCAGGUGAGCGACAUGAAGAAGAUGGAGGAUGGCCUGGGGUACCUGGAGAGCGCCGAGGAAGCCAAGAGGAAGCUCCAGAAGGACCUGGAGGGGCUGAGGCAGUGCUACGAGGAGAAGGUGGCUGCCUACGACAAGCUGGAGAAGACCAAGACGCGGCUGCAGCAGGAGCUAGAUGACCUGCUUGUGGACCUGGACCACCAGCGGCAGAGCGUCUCCAACCUGGAGAAGAAGCAGAAGAAGUUUGACCAGCUCCUGGCCAAGGAGAAGACCAUCUCAGCCCAGUAUGUGGAGGAGCGGGACCGGGCGAAGGCAGAAGCCCGUGAGAGGGAGACCAAGUUGCUGUCAUUGGCCCAGGCCCUGGAGGAGGCCGUGGAGCAGAAGGCAGAGCUGGAGCAGCUCAAGAAACAGUUCCGCACAGAGGUAGAGGACCUCAGGAGCUCCAAGGAUGACCUGGAAAAGAAUGUUCAUGAGCUGGAGAAGUUGAAGUAGGCCCUGGAUCAGCAAGUCGAAGAGAUGAAGACCCAGCUUGAGGAGCUGGAGGAUAAGCUUCAGGCCACCGAGGAUGCCAAGCUUGGGCUGGAAGUGAACCUGCAGGCCAUGAGAGCCCAGUUCGAGUCGGAUGUGAAGGAGGAUGAGCAGAGUGAGGAGCAGAAGCAGCAGCUGGCCAGACAGGUGUUGUCUCCCCGGGUGCGGGAGAUGGAGGCAUAGCUGGAAGAUGAGAGGAAGCAGAGUUCUAUGGCCAUGGCGGCUCGGAAGCAGCUGGAGAUGGACCUGAAGGACCUGGAGGCCAAGAUCGACUCUCCCAACAAGAACCGCACCAAACAGCUACAGAAGCUGCAGGCCCAAAGGAAGGGCCACAUGCAUGAGCUGGACGACAUGCAUGCGUCCCGCAAGGACCUGGUGCAGGCCAAGGAGAAUGAAAAGAAGCUGAAGAGCAUGGAGGCUGAGAUGAAUCAGCGCAGGAGGUGGUCUUGGGACAAAGAACUGGCAGCUGCCGAGCGUGCCAAGUGUCAGACCUGGUAGGAGUGGGACAAGCUGGCUGACGAGAUUGCCAACAGCAGUGGCAAAGGGGCCCUGACAUUGGAGGAGAAGAGGCGCCUGGAGGCCCGCAUCGCCCAGCUGGAGGAGAAGCUGGAGGAGGAGCAGGGCAACAUGGAGUUGGUGAACCACAGGCUGAAGAAGGCCAACCUGCAGAUUGACCAGAUCAACACUGACCUGAACCUGGAGCACAGCCAUGCUCAGAAGAACGAGGCCAGGCAGCAGCUGGAGCGCCAGAACAAGGAGCUCAAGGUCAAGCUGCAGGAGAUGGAGGGCACUGUCAAGUCCAAGUACAAGGCCUCCAUCACUGCCCUGGAGGCCAAGAUUGCACAAGCUGGACAAGGAGACCAAGUAGGUGUCCCUGUCCUGGAGCGCCAGGUGGCGAGCAAGCAGGUUCAUUCUGCCGAGAAGAAGCUGAAGGAUGUUUUGCUGCAGGUAGACGACGAGCACAGGAACGCGGAGCAGUUCAAGGACCAGGCUGACAAGGCAUCCACCCACCUGAAGUAGCUCAAUCGGCAGCUGCAGAAGGCUGAGGAGGAGGCCCAGAGGGCUAACGCCUCCCGCAGGAAGCUGCAGGGAGAGCUGGAGGACGCCAUCGACCGCGAGAUCACCUUCCUGAAGAACAAGCUCAGGCGUGGGGACCUGCCAUUGGCUGGUGAAAGCUCAGAGGAGGAGGUGGAUGGCUAA